GUGAAUGGAAUCAGCAACAUAUUCUUCACAUAUUACAUUUGUAUGAGUUAGUCAAAAUCAAGAGCUGCUCAAAUACACAACUUGAAAACGUUAGAAAAUUUUGUCAUUGAUAGUAGCUGCGUAUUAAAAUCGUAUUAUUGUGAAAAAAGGCUGGAAAGUUGCAUAAACAAUUUGUGUAUCAGAUCGCAACUAGCACGAGUCGAUAGUUUUAAUCGGAAUAUUGUGAUCUUUUGUGCUUGGAACUCAGUGAAUUUGUACUCAUUUACCAAAAGUCCAUUGUGUGUGCAGACAAAAACAACACUAUCAAUUUUGUGGCCCCAAGAAAGUCUUGAAUUCAACGAUGACGCAGUUGUGUUUUACUAUGUGUUGCUGAAUAUUUAGAAAAUUAUGAAUAUUGUUGAUUUGGACAAGCAAUUGUUCGCACAAAUAGAAUGUCAGCCGAUUCGCCAAAGCGUCCAGCCCGUAGUGUACCAUCGACGGUGCCGCCACAGGCUGUCAGCGAUCGCUCACUGCUCGAAAGCGUUACUGGUUUCAUAAAUGAUGUUACGCUGACUAAUAUUCCACAAGUCGAUCCAAAGGAUGCCAUUCUUUGGGCUCGCUUCGAAACGGCGGCAGACGUGACCGAUCCGACAUUCGGUGACGAUUGGGACCUGGAAGGUGGUGUUGCUCCACCGUUACUGCUAUUGCUGGGAUACGGGACUGGCGUUCAAGUUUGGGCUAUACCAGCAAACGGUGAAGCGGUUGAAGUUUUAUCUUGGCGGCAUGGUAGUGUACGGGCAUUGCGAAUAUUGCCGUUACCGAUUGCAGCUGACGAUGAGAAUGGCGACGAUAUUGCAGACAUUUUUUCGUCGAAGAGACCGUUGAUGGCCGUUUGUGAUGCAAAUACAACCGGAUCGGGACCUCAGUUCUGUUCCGUAAAUUUUGUUUCGUUGAGAGAUGGCGAUCAGGUUAAAAGCAUCAAAUUUAAAAAUCCCAUUCUGGAUAUACUGGCAAACAGAUCUGUUGUCGUGGUAACAUUCGCCGAACGGAUAGCAGUGUUUGAUGCCAAGAAUUUAGAUGACCGCUUAACUGUGACAACCUGCUAUCCAGGAACAAAUUUUAGUCCGAAUCCUGUGACAUUAGGCACUAGAUGGUUGGCAUAUGCCGAACGUAAACUACUACCGUCAAAACGAAGCAGUGGUGGAUGUGACGGUGAUGGUGUAGCCAGUUAUAGAGCAAACUUUUUAAAUGCUGCAAAAAGCUUAGGAAAAGGUCUACGAGAAUUAGGCGAACAAAUGGCUGCUGGUUUCACUGGCAACAACAGUUCGGCUACAUUAGCAAAUAAUUCAAAUUCAACUAGUAAUGCCGAAGAUAUUCAGCCUGGCGUUGUUACCAUCAUGGAUACCAGAUACUCAAUAAAAGAAAGUAGCCCAACAACACCAGUUACAACAUCCGGUACGGAUCCAAUCAUAGCCCAUUUCGUAGCGCAUUCAGACGCAAUUGUUGCACUUGCAUUCGACUGUUCUGGUAUGCUGCUUGCUACAGCUGAUCGUCGUGGUCAUGACUUUCAUGUCUUUCGUAUUCAACCGCACCCAUCCGGACCAUCUCUAUCUGCUGUGCACCAUUUGUAUAUUCUUCACCGCGGCGAUACAACGGCAAAAGUUCAAGACAUUGUCUUUUCGCUGGACUCUCGCUGGAUAGCUAUUUCAACACUUCGUGGCACUACACACGUUUUUCCAGUUACUCCUUAUGGUGGUGCGGCUGGUGUUCGUACGCAUGGCUCUCCUCAUGUUGUAAAUCGUCUGUCACGCUUCCACCGUUCUGCCGGUCUAUCGGAUGCCCGAGCAAACAGCCCCGUUCAUUCGGACAGUUCAAUCGGUCAGAUUUCCAAUGCCUACAACAAUCCACGAGUACCGCCAUUUCCACAUCCAUUGGUUGUCCUUCCGCUAGCCCAGCUACGGCAGCCAACCAUUUUAGGUCAAGCUAAUCAUUCGCAACAGGCGCAGAAAAAUGUUCAAACCAGACAACGUCUGACAUCACUUGGCGACGAACAAGCGAAACCAUUGCGAGUGUGUGCCACUUUUGCCAAAGCUCGUGCAUGGUUAUUGGAACCUCCAGGUGCAUCGCGAGAUAUGGCUUCGUUACGUCUGCAACGGAAAGCUGUGGAUUCGUUAUUUAUAAUGGCGAGCCAUGGUGCUUUGAUUCAGUACGACUUGGAACCGAAACAUAAUAUGAACGUCCCGAAAGACAAAAUCUGUGACGAUACUGCUAUUGAACUUGAAGUCGAACCAAAAGCUCAGUGGAAUUUAUUGCGCAAAGAAUGUUCAAGUGAUUCGAUUCAACCGCCAGUACCAUCGGAAAGUUGGUUACUCAAAGAUCGUUUAGGGGACACUCUAUGUGAUAACGAAUUAAGCGACGGCGAUCGAGACGAUCGAUGGUUGUCCCAAGUAGAAAUUAUUACACAUGCUGGUCCUCAUCGACGUCUGUGGAUGGGACCACAAUUUAUAUUCAAAACUUACAACACACUGUCGGGGGCUCCAUUGUCGCACAUUGAUUCGGAAGCAGUUGAAGUUGGUAUCAACAGUGCCGGAAAUCGUCCGGCACGUUCAAAUCCAAUGAAUAUGCCUCUGUCGGGAAAUGGUCGUUCGGCCGUACCUGUUCUUAUCGAAUCGGGUUCGUGUAGCAGCUAUGAACAUAGUCCACGUCUUGUAGAUCAAUAUCGCCAUAACGAACACAUGGGAUCUGACUUUUCGCUUGGCACCGGCGAUUCACAACUACGUGAAGAUUUGGCAGACGCAAUGCGCGAAUCGCCUGGUGGUCAUUCGCGUGAUUCCGGAUUACCAUCGACUUCGUCGUCUGCCGCGCGUACAGUAAUCGUGUCGAUAGCCAAAGUGGUGAAUCCUUUGGGCACUGUUACAACAUUGACCCAAUCGGUCACAUCCGAUAGCGACUUGGAUUAUGGCUAUGCUGGUGACGGUGAUGAGUUUAUGAUCCAUGAAAAUUGUGACGAAGCAUUAUUUCGGCCAGUUGUAGCAGUAUUCGGCGGAAGCAUUGGUAAGUCGGAGGACGAAUGUCAGGAUCGGCCGAAUGAUAUCGGACAGGAAUUGAUUGUGCCGGUGAUUGAGAAGAAAAAUGUGGAAAAUCGAACAAAAACAGUGAGAGAAAAUACUGUUGUCAAUACGAUAGACAAUAAGAACUGUGGUUCAACCCGAAAAGAUGUACCGAAGAAAGAGUUCGAAGAGAAGGUCAAAGAACCGGAGAAAAAAGAACGAAAAAAGUCAGACACAAAGCAACCGAAGUUUGAGGUGAAAGCGAGCGGAAAAAAGUCUGAAAAAACACGUAAAGAGGGUGUGAGUAAAAUAGAUGAUGUAGUUGAGGCGACUACAACAUCUAAAUCUGACAAAGGAAUGCGAGCAAAGCAGGAAUCAGAUGUUGAAACCACAAAUUCGAUGGAACCAGACACGGUAUUGAUGAAACUGCCGAAAAAAGGUCAGAAAAAAAUUAUGAAAACAGAAGAGCAAAAGAGAGAAACAACACCACCUAAAUCGGAUGAGAUCAGUGUUUCAAAAGCAAAAUCUCGAAAAAGUAAUGCUAAACAAACGGAAACUGAUGCAUUAUCUCGAAACGAAGAACUGAAACCCACAACGGUAAAGGAAAGUGAGCAAAUCAAAACUCUGGAAGAGAAUAAAAUUAAAUCGGAACCGAGUAACAUCGAAGUAACCGUUUCGGUAGCAACUCAAGAAGAGAUAAAAAUUAAUGACGAAGAGGCUGCGAAACCAAUUCCCCAAGAAAGAGGUAGCAAAAAGCAAAAGAAAUGGGAUAAAAGCGGAUUAUAUAAUUGGCCAAAAGUCGACAGUCAACCAAUGAUCGAUAUGAAUUCGUCGGAUGACAUUGUUUCAAUGAUUUCCAAGGAAUCAAGCGACUGCAGCAAACCACAAGAUGACGAGUGUGAAAUGUUGUUCGCAGAAAAAAGGUGCAAAAGCAAGAAGAAGAAUGAAAAAGCAUCUCGCGACAUCGUAAAGCCGAAUGACGAGGGGGCUAAACUCUCAGUUCAAAAAGAGGCUAAAUUUCAAAACGACGAGAUCGAUGCGAGUGUUACCAUCAGCUCAGACAUAAAAUUCGAAGAUGAUGCUGACACGGCCAUUGAUUAUAUGGAAAUAUUGAACGAAGAGCUUAGAUCCAUGAACACAGAUUGUUCCAAUAUUCAAGAAAGUCUUUUCAAAGAUCCGGUUGUAACGACUACUUUCACUGUAAAAAAAGCUGUGAAGAAGCCCUCAUUUACAGAUAUAUUAAAUGAUGGUGCCGGUGAAACUUCGCAAUCCACUAAACCUAUUGAUUAUGAUAUAACAAAUAUGGAAACGUUUAGUGACGUUUUUGCACCGUUAAAACCGUUUGACAUUGAUUUCGAGCAGUUGACAUUCAAAGACACCAGUGACGAACCAAUCAGUCUUAUUAAUUUCGAGAGUCCCUCACAAGACCCAGAUACGAUUUCCACAAAACGCACUCUCACGCCCACCAUCGAUCAUACGGACAAAGAGAAAUUAGUUUUUGCCCUUUGUGGCAGCCUUCAUUGCGACGAUGAUGAGGAUCCUCUGCCGCCACCUCCACCAAUUACCGCACCACCAAUGGAAGGACAAGAUUCCGAUUAUAAAAGUCUUGAGCUUGAUAUUGAUGAAACAUAUCUGAGCUUUGAACUACCAGCGCCAUUAGACACUACCAAAGAUGUCGAAGCGAAUUCAUCCGACGAUAGUGAGGAUUCAUCGUCGCAAUGCAAAGCGAACAAAGACGAUGAUGACGUUAAGUACAAAGCUGGAAUGGAUGAAGAAACGCAACCGUUGAUUGGUUUGACCAUAUCAAGCGAACAUUUUGAUGUAGCCAAAGAGGACGAAGCACUGCCAGUGGACGAAGAGGAUGAAUCGACCAACCAAAUCGAUGGGUUAAAGCAAAUCCAAGCAAUGCCGGAAAAACAAGGCUUUGGUAAUAAGAAGAAAUCGAAAAAGAAGCGUAGAUAAGGCUUAAUGUUGAUUUGGUUCAUUGUAUUCAUUCUGUUUAUUUAUUUAUACUAUUUUUGGUAGAUGUUAUCAGCGAAAAUGGGGGGGAAUGAAAAUAAUCGGUUUGGGAAGAGAGUCGACGUAAAACGAGCGAUUUAGUGUAUGAUGUCGGGUGAUGAUGAUACGUGGUUUCAUGUCAAUUUUAAAUGUAGUUUCUAACCAGUUGUAGCUAUAAUAUGGGUUAUCUUUGUGCAACUAGGAUGAUCUGCAAAAUGCCAAUUUUAUAUCGAAAUUUUAGAGGCUGCUACAAAAUUAACGUAACGUAAUGAUGGCAUUAGUAAAUUAAGAAAAGAAAUUCGGCGCUAAAGUAGAAGGAUCCUCUAAGGUGAGUGGAUUUGGCAGACUUGUUGACAAUCUGCAAUGGACGGUAAAAGAACAUUUAUGAAAGAUGAACAACUCAAUGGACAUAUGCAAUAAUAAUGUUGUGUGGGCUUUGAUGUUUCUUUUUGCGUACGGUAAAGCAACAGACUGAAGAUCAUCCAAACAUUUUAUCUGGUUAACUUAAAAUUGCGAAAGAGAACACCAAGAGAAUACGAAAACCUCAAAAGGUACAAAAAUGAUUGAAUGACUUUUUCGAGGAAAGUGAACAACAAGUUUGCCAGAUCGACUCGCCUUACAUUUCCGUUGUACGAAAGAUUUUCCGUUAUCGAUUGAAAAUCGUUUGGCAUCCAAUAACGUAAACAAUCAGCGUGCUAACAUUUUUUUUUCAAUUUUUUUAAGCAUUCGAUGCAUUUUAUCGAAUACGAACCUUCGUGCAAUUAACGUAAACUAGCAAUUUGCAAAAUAUCAAAGUCAAUUUUCUGACUAUUUCUACGAAAAAAUUUAAUCGGCUUCCUCGGCAAGCUUCUAUGAAAGGUUACUCCUGUCUCUCUGAUUAAGAGCGCGAUGAAUCUAAUAUUGAAGCGGCUCAGGGAAAUUUCAUUUGAAUUUUUUUUCCAUUUAAAUGUUCAAGUUUCGGUGACCCUUGGAGAGUGCCGUAGCGUAUUCUUUAGAGUUUUCUCCGUCGUCUUUUUAACCCAUCCACAAUCACUAAAUUCGAAAUUUUUCUCAGUCGAAUAGUUUCGAAAUGAAAUAAUUUACAAAUAUUUCAAUCAAUUAUGGGCCAGUUGCCUAUGGAACAGCCCGUAACAGGUGCGGAAUUUGUGUUUGGGUGAUAUGGAAAAGCUUUCAGUUUAAAGUUUAAUAAUCAAAAACGACCGUGUCUCCGCAUCCUUCUUCAGAAAACUGACAGGAUCACAUCUUGGUGUCAGAACCUUUCUUGGUAACUCGAAAGCUAUCCAAAUUAAAGCUUGGAACAUGUCAGGCUUACCUGAAAUACUUAAAUCCAAUAUGUUCAAUUUUGACCUGAGUAUAUUAGUGAGCUUAAUGCUGACCUGAAACGUGACAGGUUUCCUAAAAAAUUUGUAAUUUGAGAAUUUCAGGUUGCCUGAAACUUGAUCUGAAUGAAAUCAGAUUCACGUCAGACGGUAUUCUAAAAUUGCCUGAUCUAACCUGAAGUUUCACGUCGAAAUGGUCUUUGACCGCAGUCGACCUAUUCCGAACUUUAAUUCAAAAAAUAAAAACCCAUCUCCUGCACUUCCCGUGAACACGGGUAAUCCUUAUGGCUACUUUUAUUGAAACUUUUGCAACCUUCCCCAUUGUUCUAGAAUCCAAUGGAAAUGCGGUCGGUGUCUAAAUGGCUGUGCUAUAUUAAUACGGGAAAAAGGGAAAUCUUUCGUCGAUGGUGUAAGGGAAAUCCUUAUACUAAUCUCUUUUUUUGCAUAGUUUUUUUGCCAAUUUUAUUUAAAAAAAAAAGUUAAAAUAUAAAA